CAUUAUUAUAUUUUGUAUAUAUUGUGUGCGUAUAUAAUAUUGUAAAUUAUCUUAUUCAAUGUUUCAAUGAAUAGAUCGUGAAUCUGAUCAACAAUCCCCUGCGAAAGGUUAUCAGUACAGCCAUAAUGACACGCUUUCCGAUUCCGAUGUUAACGCCAAUGAUGAUCUGAGGGACGAUCUACGCGAUCUACGCCACCUUCACAAGUCUGUGUCUUUGACGUUCAAGAAACUCAUGCGCGUGAAAACACACGGGUCAAGAGUUCAAAGUAAGCAUGUUCAUGCAUUGUGUAAGAAACGUGUGAGCCUUUAUAUGAAUCAAUGUACUACCCUACUCAAUAAACACCAUGUCUAGGAAAAGGUGUGAUAAUUGUUUUAAUAUUGAAGCCAAGAGGUGUAAAAUCAGACAGGAAUCUGAAUAUGUCCCCAUCACAUCCGAUCAUUUAACUUGUGAAUGUGUAUCAGAUACAGAACUUACACUCAACUUACAGCAUGACCAUUUCCAUCAGUUAAACCAAAGUUUAGAUAGACUUCGGAAUGAAUGUAAUCCUUCAGUAAUAGACGCUGUUAAUCGGCUUAACGAAAGUUUAGCUUUAACACCCGACCUCAAUAAUGUUACGGAACAGUCUGUAACAACGCCUCAAAAUGUAACGCAAGAAUCAAACAUAGAUUUGUUUCACAAUCUAAACCAAAGUUUAGAUAGACUUCGGAAUGAAUGUAAUCCUUCUCUAUUAGACGCUGUUAAUCGGCUUAACGAAAGUUUAGCUUUAACGCCCGAUCGCAAUAAUGUUACGGAACAGUCUGUAACAACGGCUCAAAAUGUAACGCAAGAGCCGAUGGUUGAUUUGUUUCACAAUCUAAACCAAAGUUUAGAUAGACUUCGGAAUGAAGCGGAUAAUGAAAAUCAACAUUCACACACUUUGUCAUCUGGGUCUAAUCAAGCUUUCAGUGUAUCAGUUCACAAUAACGAGAAUGUACAGGAUCAGAUAGGAUAUGGUGUAGAAGGUGAAAUACCGCAGGAUAUACAUGUAAACAGGAUAGACAGAUUCAACACCACAGAAAUUAGACGGCCUCUAAACUUUUCCUCAUUGGGAAACGUUGAAUCUUUCGAUGAAUUUUACAACUAUGUGAUGGAAGUUUUUAACCAAACCGUUGAGGUAGCAAAUGGUUAUAUUGGUCCGAAGGAUUCAGUAUAUGUGGAAAUUCAAGGAGAUUCGCUCAACGUUUCAGCGAGCGUUGAAGUAAUCGACGGAGUCAUAAACCCUAAUGAUAUUGUAACAAUGAUUGAACAAAGCAUGCAGAGCAAAUUUGAAAUUCUUUCCGACGAAACUCUACAAAUUGUGAUUCGAAUUGUACACCCGCCGCACGGAGGCGCGCGCGUUAAGUUCUCACAAAUGUUCAAUUCAGAAAUUGUUCGGAACAAAUUGAAACAUCUGUUUGAUUUUCAAAAUAAAGACAACCUCUGUUUCGCCCUAUGUGUUUCCAAACUACUGAAUCCAGACCUAAACGAUUACCAAGUAGAGCACAUUGCAAAACGGUUACAAGCCGAUGUAGGGAUGUCUGAAAAUGACGCCGUUAGCUUUGCCGACAUUUCAUUGUUUGAAAAGUUACUCGAUUGUAAAAUCGUAGUGAUGUACAGGGAUGCUGUCAAAAAAGGGUACUCGUUUUUCCAAAACAGUACGAUACCUCACGAAAAAACAUUGUUCCUAUUCCUGCAUGAAAACCAUUACUACGGUGUUAAAAACCUUAAGGCUGUGCUGGGUACCGGGUACGUUUGUUCUCACUGCUACGCGGGGUAUAACGAUGAGAAUCAUCAUAAAUGCGAGUACAGAUGCAACGUUUGUCAGGAUAACGAUUGUCCCAAGCUUCCUAAAAAUACGGUGCAAUGUCAAGACUGUUUGAGGUUAUGUAGAACACCGUAUUGUUACGAAAAGCACAAGGUCAAAGACGACUCUGGUAAAAAUUUGUGUGAAACUAGAUUCUACUGUGCACAGUGUAACACCGUGCAGCACGGUAGAAAAGGGUCCAGCAAACACAGUUGUCGCGCAAACCUAUGCCGUCAAUGCGGUGCUAAAGUAAACCCUGAAUUUGAACACGAAUGUUUUAUAACGCCUCUAGAAAAGGAAAAGAACAACAAAAAGUACAUUUUUUACGAUUUUGAAACCAAUCAAGAGUCAGGAAAUCACAUCGCAAAUUUUAUAUGUUGCAGUACUUUUAAGGGUAAAGUUUGGACGGCUGAAGGACCCGAUUGUGUUUCAGCGUUUUUUAAACGCUACCGUAGAAAGAAAUACAAAGGCUACACGUUCUUGGCGCACAACGCUAGAAGUUACGAUUCGUACAUUUUAUUGAAUCAUUUGGUCCGAGAGGGGAUCAACCCCGACAUCAUAGCGCAAGGUGGUAAAAUAUUGUGCUUUGAAGAUGUCGAGUUCAGACAGAGAUUCAUAGACAGUCUCUCUUUUCUCCCUAUGAAGCUGAGCGCGAUUCCCAAGGCUAUGGGAUUCAAGAAUGAAAAAAAGGGUUAUUUUCCUCAUUUCUGGAACACUCUUGAAAACCAGAAUUACAUCGGCCCAUACCCGGCAGCCAAAUAUUACGGUGUAGACACCAUGAUGGAUAAAGAGAGACAAGAGUUUUUUGAAUGGUACAAUACUCUGUCUGGCAAGGUGUUUGACCUCAGAAAAGAGUUGGCCGAUUAUUGCGUGAAUGACGUUCACAUUCUCAGAAAGGGGUGUUUAGCAUUCAGGGAGCAGAUAAUGAGCGGUACGGGUGUAGAUCCUUUCAAAUGCAUCACCAUAGCCAGCGUCUGUUUGAAAAUCUUUAGAACACAUUUUCUGACGGACAAUACCUUGGCUAUACCGCCGCAUGAUGAUUAUAUCAGCAGACAGAAGUCGUUCUCAAACUCUGCUAUUCAAUGGCUCGAGUACCUCUCAGAUAGAGGGAAAAUACCGAUUCGACACGCUCUCAACGAAGGUGAAGUUCAAAUGGGUCAAUAUUUUUUAGACGGUUAUUUUACCGACGGCCACACGCAAAAUGCUUUCGAGUUCUUAGGAUGCUUUUUUCACGGAUGUGAUAAAUGUUUCCCUGCAAACGCGCGUCACCCUCUAAGUAAAAUUGGACAAACCUUCGAAGAUGUUAAACAACACUCUUUGCAAAAAAUUAAGAAUUUACAAAACAUCUACAAUAUGCACGUUACAACAAUCUGGGAACACACGUGGAACGAAAUGAAAAGGACAGAUCAGGACGUAAUAGCGUUUCUCAAACGUUUUGACUUUCCCGAGCGUUUGAAACCGAGACAAGCUCUUUUUGGCGGUCGUACAAACGCGUUACAUUUACAUUACGUAGCUCAACCCGGAGAGAGAAUCGAUUAUUACGAUUUUACAUCGUUAUACCCCUACGUAAACAAGACAAAAAACUACCCCGUAGGUCACCCAACCAUCAUUUUCCGCGAUUUUGAACCGUUGGAAAAUUAUUUCGGCCUCUUCAGAAUAAAAAUUUUACCCCCUAGGGGCCUUUGGGCCCCCGUUCUCCCUUAUAGGGUGAAAAACAAGCUUUUGUUCCCUCUGUGUAGGGUGUGUGCCGAGUUACAACAGCAGCAAUGUUGUAAACAUGCUGACGAGGAGAGGGCUCUUACGGGUAGUUGGUGUAGCGUGGAGGUUAUGAAGGCUCUCGAAAAAGGCUACAGAGUGUUGAAAGUUUUCGAAAUCUGGCACUUUCCUAAACAGACGCAUGAUUUGUUUGCCGGAUACAUCAACAGGUUUCUCAAGACAAAACAGGAGAGCUCAGGGUACCCGUCUUGGGUAAAGGACGAAUCUGAUCAAAAAGAAUACGUUAAAAGGUACAAGGAAAACGAAGGCAUAGAACUCGAUCCGUCUCGCAUAGAGGUUAACCAGGCCAAGAGAUCUGUGGCAAAGUUGGCGUUGAAUUCUUUGUGGGGUAAGAUGUGUCAGAGGUCUGAUAGGAUUAAUACUUGUCUAAUCAGCGAUCCCAACCAAUUUCUAGAGUUCAUGUUCUCGGACACGUACGACGUAAGUCACUUUUCUUUUCCGAACCGUCAGAUGGCGCUGGUUCAGUGGCGUUACGCAGACACCAGAUUCAUCAAACCGAGUAAAGCUAACGUGUUUAUCGGAAUAUUCACUACCGCUUACGCUAGACUCGAGCUGUACAAGCUGAUAGAUGGUCUGCAACAAAGAUGUCUCUAUACGGAUACAGACUCUGUCAUUUUCAAAAGUAAAGAUGGCGAUUGGAUGCCCCCCCUAGGCGAUUACUUAGGCGAGUUAACGAGUGAAUUGGAUCACGGAGAUCAUAUUGUGGAAUUUGUCAGCUCUGGACCAAAGUCCUACGGUUAUCGAACUCGUUAUGGGAAGACUGUAAUGAAGGUAAAGGGUAUAACGUUAAACUAUACCAACGCCAAAAUUGUGAAUCUGAGCUCUUUGAUAGAUCUGGUUGACAAAAGUGUGAAAAGCCCCGACUGUACCGACGAAAUUAUGACGUCCAACAAUCAAAUCGUCAGAGAUAAAAGAGGUUUUCACUUGAAAAACAAAUCACAAACUAAACGUUUCCGAGUAGUGUACGAUAAACGCGUUCUAUUACCGGAUAGCGCCACAAUUCCUUACGGAUAUUAA